AUGGCUUCACAAAGUUCUCCAACUCCAGUAUCCUCUUCUGCUCUGAAUUCAGCUCUUACUUGGGACGUUUUCUUGAGCUACCGCGGUCCUGAAACCGGGCCAAAAUUUACGGCUCAUUUAUACGCUGCACUAGAUCGUCACCGAAUUAAAACAUAUAAGGAUGAUUAUAAGCUACGCCAGGGAGAAGUUAUCCCAGAGGCAUUGAGAAAAGCAAUAAAAGCAUCCAAGAUUUACAUUGUUGUCUUCUCCGAAGAUUAUGCUUCUUCUCCCUGGUGCCUGGACGAGCUGGUAGAUAUUGUCAGUUUUCAUGAAAAAGAGGAGAGGUUGAUUAUUCCUGUGUUUUACCAUAUUGAUCCAUCUAUUGUGCGACAUGUUGGGUAUUACAAGAAUGAAGAGCAGAGAGUGAAAAGCUGGCUCGAUGCACUGAAUGCAGCAGCUAACGUUUCAGGAAAUCAUAUAUGCGAAAAAAACAGAGAGGAACCUGAUGUUAUCGAAAAAAUUGUUGCUGAAAUAUUACCAAGGACAAAACCCAAGAGUUUUAAUGAGGAAACUGUAGGCUUGGAUGGUAGUAUUAAGAGCAUAGAAGAAUUGUUGAACAGUGGUGCCACUAAAAUUGGUAUAUAUGGUAUUGGUGGAGUUGGCAAAACAACUCUUGCCAAAGCUGUGUUUGAUAAAAUACACCUAGGUUUCAAAGGCAGUUGCUUCCUGGCGGAUGUAAUGGAAAAUUCAAGGACAAAUGAAGGCAAGAAGUGUUUACAGCAGCAACUUCUUAAUGAUGUUCUUGUUCAAAAUGAAAAGGAUGUUAAUGAUGUUGCCGAUGGAAAAAAGUUAAUAGAAACUAGAUUAAAAGACCUAAAGAUUCUAGUUGUUAUCGAUGAUUUAAACCACUCUGAUCCGCUUAAAUUUUUGGGAGUAAAGUCGUUUGCUCAUGGGAGUGUUGUCAUCAUAACUACAAGGCAGAAAGAUAUACUGAAAUAUUUUGAGGUAAAACCUGAACAUCAACACAUGGUAAAUAAGUUGGAUCCAAUUGAGUCGCUCAAACUUUUUCAACAACAUGCAUUUGGAUUUCGUUCUGAGCCAGACGACACUCUUAUGGAAUUGUCUAACGACAUUUUCGAUGAUGGUCUUCCAUUUCAAUUUGAUUCUGACACUCUAAAGAAAUUGUCCAACGACAUCCUGUCACUAGCUGACGGGCUUCCAUUGGCUCUGCAGAUUUAUGGCUCGGUUGUGCGUACAAAAUACGAGGCUGACGAGUGGAUAGAAUACAUUGAAGAUCUGAAAGAAACUCCCAAUGAAGAAAUUCAGGAUAGACUUGUAAUUAGCUAUGAUGCUAUUGAUGGCACUCAGUUGAAGAAAAUGUUCCUUGACAUUGCUUGUUUUUUCAUUGGGUGGCAGAUAGAAAGGGUCUUUGAAAUAUUGGAGACUUAUUAUCCCAGGGUAUAUGUGAAAAUCAACAAUUUGAAAGGAAGAUGUUUACUAACAAUUGAUGAUAAAAAUGUGUUGCAUAUGCAUGAUCUUCUUAGGGAGAUGGGAAGGAAAGUUGCACAGAACAAGUCUCCAGGUAAUCCAGCAAAACAUAGCAGGCUCUGGCGGGAUAGAGAUAUAGAGCGCGUGUUGACCGAGUGUGUAGAAAUGGAGGCACUUGAAGGUAUUUAUGAUGAUCGGGUUUGCCACAAAGGAAUCCAACUAACAACGGAAACAUUCAAAAAGAUGAAAAAUAUAAGAUUUCUUCAUCUAUCUGGUUCCAAAAAUCCAACCGUCAGCUUUGACAAGACAAUUAAAGAUCUAAGGUGGCUAUCUUGGGAGCUGUGUCCUUUACGACAUUUUCCGCAUGAUUUCAAACCCACAAAUCUUGGAAUACUUGAACUGACACACAACAUGUUGAUAACUAUGAAGCUCCCUAUGGUUUUCCAGAAGUUAAAGAUUCUGAAUAUGAAAUAUUCUUACUAUUUAGAGACGACUCCAGAUUUCAACAUGUUGCCAUCUUUGGUAGAUUUAAAUUUUGCAAAUUGCAAAAACUUGAAGCAGAUACACAGAUCAAUUGGAAGUUUGGCAGGGCUUGUUUCCCUAGAUUUAGGGAGUUGCUCGAAGCUAGCAAGUCUUCCCGAAACUAUUGGCAACCUGAAAGCACUGAAGCAUCUUUUUCUUUGGGACUGUACAAGUUUGGAAAAAUUGCCUGAAGAAUUGGUGAACAUUGAAUCCUUGGAAAACCUCUACAUACGUAAUGCAGGUCUUAAAAACUUACCACAUUCGAUCCAUUUGCUCCGUAACCUUGUUGAGUUGAAGGCAUCACGUAACUCAGAACUUAUAACUCUUCCGGACAACAUUUGCAAGCUAAGAUCAUUGAAAGUUCUGGAUGUUUCUGAAUGCAACAAUCUGAAAGCAUUGCCUGAAGAUUUGGGUGAUAUUACAUCCCUGAGAGUGCUACGUAUGAGGGAAACAAGUGUUUCUGAUUUACCGGGUUCGAUAGGAAAUCUUGGUAACCUUGUUGAACUGAUAUUAAAUACAAACCCCAACCUCGAAAUUCUUCCAGACGCAAUAUGCAAUCUGAGAUCACUGGAAAUCUUGACUCUUCGCUUUUGUGAAAAGCUUCAAGAACUGCCAGGUCAGAUGCGGAAGAUUACAAGCUUAAGAGAGCUAGAUUUAUGCGGUACUACAAUGUUAAAAUUGGAAUCAAACCAAAUUCCAAUAUCAUUAAAGACGCUGGAUCUUUCUUGUAAUGAUUUCACCGCGCUGCCACUCGGUAUCAGUCAGCUAACAAACCUGGAACGUCUUGAGGUUGACGGAUGUACGCAACUCUUGUCCAUUGAAGAACUUCCUCCUAAUCUGAAAAGGCUAGGUGCAUAUGGUUGGCCAUCUAUGACUCUUAAACAAUUGGAGAUACUGAAGCUUACAAGUUUUAGUGGUCUAGAAGUGAUUCAAAAUUUAUAUUAAUGCACUUCUGUUAAAGCAAUUGAUUUACAGAGUGCAGAAGACUUCUGCACUCUGUACAUUGUGCACUAAAUCAAUUACUUGAUUUAUCCUUGAAUUUAAUUUGUAAAUCAAUUUCUGUUAAAGCAGUUGAUUUAGUUCAUUUAAUUUUUAAA